AUGAACGCGAGCGAGAGCGAGAGCGAGGAGGGGAGUUUGGAGGGCAGCCCGCCGCAAGAUGUGCUCCUUAAAGCAGUCAGUGAGGUGUCGCGCAUGGCGGGGCGGCAGGCGCGCACGACGAACGUGGUGAUGGGCGGCACGGCGUCAGAGUACGGGGACGACUGGCUGGAACUCGACAAGAAGGUGAACACAUACCCCAGUCUGCGUGACUUCACGGCCAUAGGGUCGGGAGGAGACGAAUUUGCCGUGGCCAUGGUGCUGGCUGUGCAGUCCGUUCUUUCGAAAGAUGUUCCCGAGCUUCAAGUGGUAACCAGGCAGAGUGCCACGGGUCGUUACAUCAGUGUUAAGAUUGGACCCGUUAGAAUGGACUCUAGUGAACAGUCCAGCGAUUACGUCUUCAAAAUGAUGGCAGAACGGCACGAGUCUAAGGUGGAGCGAAUCAUGUUGGAGCACAAGAUUGCAGCAACCAAGCACCGCAUCGUAGUCAUGCCACCCAUGCUAGCGGUAUACCGCACUCGCCGGUCCCAACACCGCUCCUCUUCCCCCUCCUUCCUCCAUCGCCCGCCCCGCCAACCCUCGCGCCCGACAGUCACUUGCGGUCCCCUCCUCCCCCCAUCCCUACGCCGUUCUCUCCCCAUACUCCUCCGCUCCGCGCCCAGCGCAUUACCGUCUUGCGCUCUGCUGCGGCAACCGACACGGCGCGCAACACAUCGCCCUUUCUUGUCCCUCUUCCCGCUCGUACUUCUCGCCGGUCUCCUCAUCUCCCUCGCGCCCCUGGCGGCGCCCCUCGCGCCCAAUCCCUGGCCUCGUGAGUACCGCCUUCGCUCUCGCUGCCUUUGCCCUCGCUUCCCGCGCCUUUCUCGUUUCCUGCUCCUGACGAGCCCGUCCCGAACGCACAGGCGAAAGCGGGCCAGCAUGAUUGUGACCAAACUCCCUUCUCUCCCCCCAUUUCCUUCCCCAUUCCUCCCUUCCCCCAUUCCUCCCUCCGUGCGUUUCUUUCCUCCCUUCCUCCCCCCAUUGGGACCCCCGAUGUUCCCUCCCACCCUUUCUCCCUCACCCCAUUUCCUUUCCCCAUCCCUCCCUCCCCCAUUGCUUCUCUCCCCAUAUCAUGCAACACGAGCAGGCAAGUGCGACUACUCGGUGGGUUUCUGGCUGCGCGCUCCCAAGGGCACGGGCGUGCCGCGCUACACGGCGCGCGCAGGCGAGAAGGGGCACUGCCCGUACGUGCGCCCGCUGUACGCGUGCGAGCGCAACAACCGCCCGGACUCGCGCUACCAGCGGUACCGCUGGCACGCCAAGAAAUGCCGCCUGAGCUACUUCAACGGAUCGGGCUUUAAGUACCUCAUGCGACAGCGGUUCGUCCCCUCACUGCCGAUGCCGCUGCGACGCAAUCUGUAUGACUUGCCUCCCCCUGCUCCUUCCUUUCUGCUUCCCCUCAUCUCUGUCUUCCCUCCUCUCCGCUGCGUCACUUCCUCUCUGUCUUCCCGUCUCCCUGCUUCCUCUCCUCUCUGCUUCCCCGCCGCUGUGUUCCUUCCCUCUCUGCGUCCCCUCCUCCCAACCGCAGCGCAUGCUGCUGGUGGGCGAUUCGAUCAUGGGGAACCUCUUCGAGGCGCUGCUAUGUGCCAUCCACGCUGCGGGAUACCAAGGCAAGGUGGGUAUGCGCAGCAGAGAAGGGUGGUGGUGGGGAGUGGGUGCUGGAGGUAA